CCAAACCUCUUGACACAUUGGGGAGAUGGAGGGGCCAUGACAGUAGAGAAGAUCCCAACAAUCCUCCAUUACGACAACGGUGGCACGACUGGGGUAUAUAGGUGGGGUUACCAAGCCCAGCAAUAUGCUGCACGCCACGGGACCAAGAUGCACGAAUGGUUCAAAUUAGGACUUUGCAAUGAUUUCGAAGAGCGUCGUGCUCGAGAAUCAGAACUGAUGCGCAAGUAUAAGAGCCAGACAGCCCUGCCUGUCGUCAAGGAUGACGAAUGCAUGAGUCUUGUCGUCAACUAUCUCAGCAGCGUCAAGGGCGCGGUAGACCAAUUCUUCCACACCCAGUACGGCGAAGAUGCGGCCCAGUGCCCGAGAGACUAUAUCAUAACGGUUCCAGCGCUUUGGGAUCACGCUGAGCAAGAGAAGACACGUCUUUGUGCCGAGAGGGCUGGUAUGGGAGAAGGCAGCCAGCUUCAGCUCGUUCCAGAGCCUGAAGCUGCUUGCAUAUACGCGAUCCAGCAGAUGCUUUGGAUAAAUGAAGGCGACACAUUUGUCAUAUGUGAUGCUGGUGGAGGUACUGUUGACCUUGCUUCCUACACCAUAGAGUCCCUUAAGCGCGACCAAAUCCUCCACUGUAAACUUGCUGGCGCUGCAACUGGGUCCGGAGGCCUCUGCGGGAGCAGUUUUCUGAAUCGGAUUUUCCAAGCAUACCUCGAGAAAAAGCUGGAGGACUACCCUGCAUGGGAUUCAGAGUUCAUGGUAGAAGCACUGAGGGCUUUCGAAGACCAGAUAAAACCUGAGUUUACAGACGAGCACCAAGAGGAAAAGGUUAUCAGAAUCCACGGCUUGAAAGAGAGUAAGCCACACGGGGUGGCGAAAAAUAUCCUGAUCUUGACGACCGAAGAGCUGCGCAAGCAUGUUUUCGAUGAAGUUAUCUCGAAGAUUGAGGGUCUCGUUCGUGAUCAGAUCAACAAUACCCGUCGGCCUGUAACGGCAGUACUGCUGGCGGGUGGCUUCGGCAAGAACCCGUACCUCAAGAGGAGGCUUGAACAGAUCGAUGCUGUCGUCAGAAACAAAAUCAGAGUGCAGCGGAUCGAUAACGGUGACACUGCUAUCGCUCGUGGCGCCUUGGUCGCUGGUCUUGCUGGGCUGGGCAAGAAUCUCCAGCCUGAGGAUGAUGACGGUGCCUUCAAUGUGAUAUCCACCAGAACAGUGGAAGUAGUGUCCCGUCUAGCGGGAAGGCACUACGGGACUGCGGCUUUAGAGAGCUUUGAAGAAGGCGUAGACCCGGAGAGCCGAAGGCAACACAGAAAAAAACGAGACGACGGAGACAAAAUCGAAAAGAUCACCUGGUUUGCUAGAAAGGGCGAGACCAUCCCAGAUGGCGAACCGUUGUCGUUCGACUUUUGCAAGGUGGCCAAAGUGCAGCGCGGAGUUCCAGCGCACCAGGUGUGCACUCCAGUCAUACGCAUAUACACGUGCGAAAAUGAUAUUCCAGGUACAUAUAGAGAUGACGCAAGCGUGAGAGAGAUUGCCAAAUUCAAAAUGGAUCUACGAGGCCUUUCCAUCCCGACAAUUACUAAAGGUGCGCAAGAGUUCUACGAAGCAAGGUUCGACAUCGAGAUGACCUUGCGUGCGGCUAGUUUGUCGUUCUGUGGUGUGUACGGAAAGGGUACCCCCGAAGCAAAGCGAUUCCCAGCAACCAACGUCGUGUUUACCUGACGAGCAUAGAAAUGGAAU